GUCAUUGCAUGUGUUUCAAAGCUGUGUGCCUGCGCAAGUGGUGGCUGCCAUUGAUGUGAACACUGUUGCUAACGAAGUGUACAAGUAUAAUUUCCCUGACACGGUACUACUGCCCAAGACAAUCGACGGCAUUACACUUGAAGAGUUUGAUAGAUUAUCUUUUGAUAUGAUUUUAAUGAGCCCUCCAUGUCAACCAUUCACCAGAAUUGGCCUGCAAGGUGAUAAGACUGAUCCAAGGACAAGGAGCUUCUUGUAUGUUCUAGAUAUUCUCCCAAGAUUGCAAAAAACACCAAAGUAUAUUGUUUUAGAAAACGUCAAAGGUUUUGAAAUUUCCUCGACAAGGGAACUAUUAAUAGAAACAAUAGUGAACUGCGGCUUUCAGUACCAAGAAUUCCUAUUAUCUCCAACCUCUCUUGGCAUUCCAAAUUCCAGACUGCGCUACUUUCUCAUUGCAAAGCUUCGGGCUGAGCCAUUUCCUUUUCAAGCCCCUGGUCAGGUGCUGAUGGAAUUCCCCCAAAUUGGAUCUGAAAAUCUGCACAAAGUUGCUGUGGAUGCAGAAAAGGAAAUUGAACCAAACGUUUGCCUGGAUGGCAGCCCGAAACGCUCUAGGAAAGAAGCUGUGCUUUUUAAGCGUGAGACCACAGAAGACAUAGACAGGAAACACCAACAGAAUAGCGAUCUCUCUGUGCAAACACUGCAAGAGUUCCUCGAACCUGACGUUGACCUCCAUCAGUACUUUUUGCCGCCAAAAUUAUUGCAGCGCUAUGCCCUCAUAUUAGAUAUCGUUACACCCACGUGCCGAAGAUCUAUGUGCUUUACUAAGAGUUAUGGAAGCUUUGUAGAAGGUACAGGAUCUGUGUUACAAACUUCAGAAGAUGUGCAGAUUGAAAAUAUUUACAAAUCUCUUAACAAUUUGUCAGAAGAAGAAAAGGUAACAAAACUGUUACUGCUUAAACUUCGAUACUUCACUCCUAAAGAGAUAGCCAAUCUCCUUGGAUUUCCUCCCGAGUUCGGAUUUCCAGAGAAUGUAACAGUGAAACAGCGUUAUCGCCUCCUUGGAAAUAGUCUCAAUGUGCACAUAGUAGCUAAACUCAUCAAAAUCCUGUACGAAUAAUUCGGAAAAGUGGCCACCAUGUUCCCUGGUAUCCAGAUAAUAAUUCUAGAAUUAUUUUCUGCCUCUUCCCCCCUCCAAAAAAAAAAAAAUGCCAUUGAUUUGGUUCCUAAAUUUAUAUUUACUGUAUGUUAUCUUAUGAAAAUUAUUGUUAUCCUUAAUGGGUAUUAUAUUUUAUAUGAAAUUAUUGAUUGAAUAUAUAUAAAAUACUCUCACGUGCCUUGGGCAAAUUUGAAACAUUCGAAUUUGAAUGUCUACAAGAGUGUUUUGUUUUGUUUUUUUAUAAAAUAUUAAUAGCCAUAA